AUGGCGUCUGCAUCAUGUUAUUCUUUGGGAAGAAGCUCUACGUUAUUGAGAGUAGAACUAAAAUCCGCAACAUUGAAUUUCAAAAGGGCUGGAAACUUUUACAUAAGGGUGUGGAUCAAUCAAGAGCAAAAACUUGAAACGAAGGUAGUCAGUUGGAUCAUUGUUUACGACCCGCCGGUGUGGAACCCGAAGUUUAUUUUCUCCGUUCCCAACACCUUUAUCUCCGACGAGAACUCCACGGUUCAUUUCGAGAUCUUGCAGGAACGUAAAUAUUUCCCGGACUUCUUAGUGGGAAGAGCUGAAUGCAAGGUGAAGUCUUUGUCCCCAGUCGAGAACAUGGAAUUGAGGAAUGGUAUUGAGGAGGAGGUCAAAUAUGAUACUGAGAAUGAUCUUGAUGAUGAUGAUGAUGAGAUUCAAGAAGGAUGCGUCGCAGUGUCAGGUGUGGGUGAUUGCAACUGGACACAGUUCGCUACGUUAUAUGUCGAGUAUUGGGGUAGUCUUGAGGUUUCAAAAGGUUCAAGUAAGAAGGGAUGCUUGGAUAUAGAGAUGGUUGUGUGGAGUAGUGAUGUGUCGGGUUUGGGUGAUUGUAACUGGUUAUAUGACUGA